AUAACUUAACCCCAUUUACCUUCAUUUCAAGUAUAUCCAUUCAUUUUAAUUCUAUCCUUUAUGAUGUUUAAUGCAAUUUAUCGUUUAAGAAUCUCGAUCAAAGACAAUUCUCGGACAUUUCCAAUCCAUUUGUACACACUGAAAGAUAAAGAACCUUCUUUUAAUGACCUCGUAAAAAAAAUACAGCGUAUUGUUCAAGAUAUCAAUUUGAAUGAUUACCAGCUUAUAAUGAAUAACAAUGUAGCAGUAUACGACAAUGUUACUUUAAAAAAUGCAUUACAAUACUCAUCUGAUCAACAAACAUUAAACAUCACACUUUGCCAUAGGCCAAGCAGUUUCAUGAUUGACAGUUCAGGUGUGCAUCAGUUCAGUCAGCCAAAAUCUAUGAAUCAAGUACCGGUUAUUAAACCGACAGUACUUCGCUGGACACCUACCAUUUUUCCUGCCAAUGUAAAGCCAAAUAACAAUGAUGAUGAUGAUAACUACACAGACGAUCGCAAAGAUUCUGGUAUCUCAUUGGAUGAACCUCUUCGUAAAAAGCAACGUGUCAUGUCGGCAGAUCACCCUAGAAAGUUACCAGAUCCCUCAAGCACUUCGCCUUUACUUAGCAGUCGAAAGAAUAGCCAUACAUUUAUUGAUACAUUCAGUCUACAUCCCCUUGAUGUCAAACGUAGGCCAUCUACAGCUCCUUCUUCACCUCCUCUAUCACCUUAUCUACUAACAUUACCUGCCAUAUCCUCCAUCACUUCUCAGCAUGAUUUGGAACAAAAGCAGCAGUUAGCUCCUAUUGUCUAUCAUCCUCAUAGAGCAUCAUUUAAUGAAAUCAUCCUGCGAAAGGAACCAGAAGAGACCAAGCCAACAGCCAAACGUACACGACAUUCUACUUCUUCCAUUCACACAUCAACUGGUCUCUUUCUAUGUGAGCAUGUGUCUGAUAAAGGAAAACUAUGUGGGCAGACGUUUCGAAGAUCGUAUGAUCUCUCUCGUCAUCAAACAAUUCAUUUAGAAAAUAGACCAUUCUGUUACUGUGAUGUCUGUGGCAAAAGAUUUACAAGAAUGGAUGCGCUACGUAGACAUGAAAGAGUUCAGGGGCAUUCAGCAAGGCAGCAACAGCGCGCUAAAGUGUAAUAUUGAACUCCUUAAAAAAACAUUAACGAUCAUUAAUCAUGAAAUAUUAAUAAAUAUCAUCUGUUCUCUCCUUUAACCUCCAUCUUUUUUUUUAUAUCUCCUUUGAGUAUCUCCUUGGCUUUUUUAUAAUUCUCCUUGUUUAUAGUGUCGAUAUCAAAAGAUGUGCUUUUCUCUUUCUCUUUUUU